AUGCAGGUGAACGACGCUGUUGAGCGCCGCGUGUUCCUGGAUGCGGCUGCCGGUGGUGAUCUGGAUGGAGUGAACGCAUGGAUCUCCGCGAGAAGAGACGUAAACGUGACGCUGGGUGAGGGCUGGACGGCGUUGCUCUACGCGGUGGCACACAGUCGCAUGCGUAUCGUGCAGAGACUUCUGAAGGAGGAAACCAUUGACUUGAACGCCACCACAAUGUAA